GACCGGUACCGCCCCCCCCAGCCUGGAUCGGACCGGUACCGCCCCCCCAGCUGGGAUCGGACCGGUACCACCAAAUCCAGCCGGGUUUGGACCGGUACCGCCCCCAGCCUGGACCGGACCGGUGCCGCCCGCCCAGCUGGAACCAGGACAGAGCUGCUGGAUCCCUCCCCGGGCCCGGCUCGGAGCUGGCCCCAGCGCUGCCAUGAGCUGAGGGCACCGUGCCCGGCGCUGGCCCGGCCGGCCGUGUGGGCACCAGAGCUGCCAUGAGCCCGGAGACGGGACGCUGGGCACAGGUGCCUGGGAAGACGCUCUGAGCAGGUUCCGCCAGCGGGGGGCGCCGCCCGCCCCAUGGAUCUCCACCCCUUCAGCCCGCGGCCCCCCAGGGACGGAGGCGCCAACGCCCGGCACCAGCCCCCGGCCCGGGAGGAGCCGUCCAGGCGCCGGCUCAAACUGGAGGAGGACGGGGAGGCCAGCCGGCCGCGCGCCCCCCGGGCCCCACCCUGGCCCCCCGGCCCCGGGGAGGCCGGGCCGGAGCAGGGCGAGGCCGCGCGCUACGGUCGCUACCUGCUGAUCGACAGCCAGGGGCUGCCCUACACGGUGCUGGUGGAGGAGGCGGGCGCGGCGGGCGAGCGGGCGGGGCUGCGGAAGGUGUACUGCUGCCCGGUCUGCUCGCGCACCUUCGAGUACCUCUCCUACCUGCAGCGGCACAGCAUCACCCACUCGGAGCACAAGCCCCACGUCUGCCGGGCCUGCGGCAAGGCCUUCAAGCGCACGUCCCACCUGGAGCGGCACAAGUACACCCACGCCGGGCGCAAGCCCCACCAGUGCCCCAUCUGCCAGCGCAGCUUCCGCGACGCCGGCGAGCUGGCCCACCACCAGCGCGUGCACACGGGCGAGCGCCCCUUCCAGUGCGAGGCCUGCCACAUGCGCUUCGGCGAGCGCAACACGCUCCAGCGGCACAUCCGGCGCAAGCACCGCCAGCAGCCGCCCACGCCCUGACGGGCACGGGGAGCCCCGGAGCCG